AUGGGAAAGUAUUUGCUGCUCCUGUUGGGCAUCUUUCUGUUGGUGGACUUUCUGCAAGCACUGACAUGUGUCCGCUGUGGAAUGUUGAACUCUUCCAGGGUUUGUGUGACAGGAGAAACCUCCUGUGAGGCUACAAAUAACAGGAAGUGUGCUUUAUGGCUACUCUAUAAAGAUGGCAAAUUCCAACAUGGCUUCCAGGAAUGUCUUGAGACAUGCUACAAUUAUACCAAGACUGACAAAAAUGAGAUAAAGGAAUAUAAAUGUUGUGAUCACCAAAAUUUGUGUAACAAGCUUUAA